AUGUCAGCUAAUUCUUAUGCCGUAUCCAGCAACAGUUGCGUGUCACGAAGAAGACAGGUUCGCUGCUUCUGUGACCUUGAUUCGCCACUCACUACCUCGUGGACGAAGGAGAAUCCUGCGCGGAGGUUUAAUGGUUGUGGUUUAUACAAGUUGCAGGGACGAAAGGGGUGUAAUUUCUUCAACUGGUACGAUGAAGAAAUGUCGGGUCGUGCUAAGGAGGUGAUUUUGUCACUGAUGAAGAGAAUUAAUGAAGACAAGAAGAAGGACAGUUUGAAGAUGAAACAAGAUGACAAUUUGAAAAAGAAGCUAAGAUUCUGUCAAGGAUUAGUUAUAUUAGUUGUAGUGCUCAUUGUAGGAUUGAUAUGUAAUGUCAUGUUGAAGAAGUGUUGA